AUGGCUCCCGAUAUCUCUCACCCCACCGUACCCGAAAUCAGCGAGUAUUCUCGUCAGUUCUACGAUGGCUCUCGAAAGUGGAGUGUGGAUGGCUUCGAGGAUUCCAACGGAAUCUUUCAGAAAUGGGGCAAUGACUCUAGUAAUCGACCUCCCACACCAAACCCCCCAUCAUCCUUGAGUGAGCUUAGUGAUAGCUUGGAGGAUGUUGCCAAACACCACGACCCAAAGAGGCAGGAUGACGCGGUUCCGAUCCCUCAUCAACAGCUACUCGCAAGCUACAUCCACAUGUCAGAGGAAGCAAAACUUGCCGCCCCUCCCCCCUCGUUUUCGAAUCUCCUCGUGAAAGCCUUUACGUGCUCCGAGGUAGCCUCUUUUCCGAUAAACCUGAGGCAACCAGAGAGAGGCUUCUUGGACGGCUUGAAGAUGGUUGGGGUGGAUUUUCCGGAUGAUAUCGUUAAGGAGGCAACUGGGAGGAUUGGGGGCCAGACAAUACCACCUCCCAAAGCAAUACCUUCCUCUUGGAAGAACAAGCAAAAGCAAAAGGGUGCGGUGGAGAAUACAGUCGAGCAUCGAGAGUCUACGCCCAAUCCUCCACCACAGGGAGCUCUAGGCGAGCCUGCUCACCAAGCACCCACCGACAACAAUGGGCUUUCUGAACUGCAGAAUAUAGAGAGGAAUCCUAAAGAGUGUAAAGCACGUAUACAGCAGCUAGAGGCUAAGAAGACGCGUGGUUCUAUAAUUCCAUUCAGAUCUCCUACGCACCUGAACGCUGCCAGGGGAUCUUUCAAGAAAGAAGGCGUUUGCACUAGUGAGGGUGUUGAGAAGGGUGUAGGUGAGCCUGAAAAGUCACCAUGGUCGGCAACAUCCUCCCUUUCUGACCCUCCUUCAAACCUGGGCGAGUUUGUCAAGUUCCUGGUACUGAAUAUCCUGCCCCACCUCUUCCCAAGCCAGAGUUAUACUGAUGCAGUUUUGAAGAAUCCCAAGCCUACCAUGCCGGCGGCCGCGAAAGGAGUGCAAAAGGUCUCAGAGGUGAGCCCCCACAGCGGCCGCCGCGAGGCCAAAAGUACUCCUGUGAGCGCUAGUGUACAGAGGCUCUCGAAUCCUACUGUCAACGCCCAAGGGCACGUCUUAGAACGGCAAAACCAUGAUAGGGGAGGGAUUAACGUAGGCUCAAAAUUCGAGUCUGAUUUGUCUAGGGGCGGCGACAACAAGAAGAAUAUUUCUCGAAGUGACCACGACGACUCAAAAAAGCGGAAGAAGAAGGAUGAUUCAGAGGACGGGGAGGAUUAUGGUGCUGCGGAUGGCAACAGUAAGGGAGGCAACAGGGGCAGCUCGAACCCGGCAAGCAAUGACCCAACGCAAGAACAAAGGAGCCGAAAAACCAGCCAUGAAGGGCAGGCAGAUACUGGGAAAAGGACGACAGCCCAUGACACUCAGGCUGCAGAAUUUGAAGGGGUAGAGAAGGACGAAGUCGAGCCGAAAAUGCCAGCUAAGGGUAAGAAGACUCCGGUAAAGAAAAAGUGCAACGAUCGGAAGGUAUUGAGGGAAUUAGGGCGGUCGGAGUCUGGGGAGGGGCCAGAGUCUAGCCCAGAAAAGCCAGCGAAGGGUAAGAAGACUCCGAUGAAUAAAAAGGGUGUCGCUCGCAAGGUAUCAAAUCAAGCAGAACCCUCCGAGUCUGAGGCUGAAGAAGAGUUGGAGUCUCGCCUGGAAGAGCUAGCGAAUGGCAAGAAAGCUCCGGUGACGAAGCGUAUCGCUCGGAAGGAACGGAAGGAAUCAAAGCGUGUCGAUUCAGAGUCUGACGAGGAGUCCGAGCACACCCCCGAGACUCUAGCGAAGGGAUAA